AUGGCUACGUCUAUACUUGGGGAAGAGCCACGGUUUGGAACUACACCUCUAGCGAUGCUGGCGGCAACCUGCAACAAAAUCGGCAACACCAGUCCCCUCACAACUCUACCCGACUCCAGCGCGUUCUCCAAAGGUGGAUUUCAUCCGUGGAAGAGAACCUCCUCCAGCUGCAACUUGGGCUCCAGCCUGUCCGGGUUCGCGGUGGCCACCAGCCGCGCGUCAUCGGGACUACCACCGACCAGUGGCUCCAGUAACAGCGCCUUCUGCCUAGCCUCCACCUCCCCGACCUCCUCCGCCUUCUCCACAGACUACAGCGGGCUGUUCUCCAACUCCGCCGGCGUCUCGGCGCAAGACUCGGGACAGUCGGCGUUUAUCUCCAAGGUCCACACGUCAGCAGAGACCCUGUACCCGCGGGUGGGCAUGGCGCACCCGUACGAGUCGUGGUACAAGUCCGGGUUCCACUCCACCAUCUCCGGCGAAGUAGCCAACGGAGCGUCGUCGUGGUGGGACGUGCACACGAACCCGGGGUCCUGGCUGGACGUGCAGAACCCCGCCGGCUCCCUCCAGUCCUCGCUGCACUCCGGGACGCCCCAGGCCAUCCACUCCCAGCUGAGCGGCUACAACCCGGACUUCUCCUCGCUGACCCACUCGGCGUUCAGCUCCACGGGGAUCAGCCCCUCCGCGUCCCACCUCCUGUCCACCGGCCAGCACCUGUUAACGCAGGACGGCUUCAAAACGGUCAUCCCCACGUACACGGACGCUUCUGCCGCCAACGCCAUGAUCUCUGGGGGCAGCUCGGGAAUAAGCAGCUCCUCCUCCAGGUCGUCCCGGCGGUACUCCGGCCGGGCGACGUGCGACUGUCCGAACUGCCAGGAGGCCGAGCGGCUGGGACCCGCCGGGGCCAGCCUGCGCAGGAAGGGCCUCCACAGCUGCCACAUCCCCGGCUGCGGCAAGGUGUACGGCAAGACGUCUCACCUCAAGGCGCACUUGAGGUGGCACACCGGCGAGAGGCCUUUUGUCUGCAACUGGCUUUUCUGCGGCAAAAGGUUCACUCGGUCCGAUGAGCUCCAGAGACACCUGAGGACUCACACCGGGGAGAAGCGGUUCGCCUGCCCGGUGUGCAACAAGCGCUUCAUGCGCAGUGACCAUUUGAGCAAGCACAUCAAAACGCACACGGCGGGCGGAAGCAAAAAGGGCAGCGACAGCGACACCGACACCAGCAACCUGGAGACCCCCAGGUCCGAGUCCCCAGAACUUAUUAUGGAGGGUGUGGAUCCCAGAAUCAAUGUCAAAGACCCGUCUCCUCACGACGAGCCCUGA